AUGUCUUGGUCGAAGUUGAAAGAUGAGGGAAAUUCCCUGUUCUCUCGGGGAGACUACGAGGCCGCUCAGGCCAAGUACACGCGGGCGAUCGAUACUACCACCGGAGAUGAUGACCCAGAGGCCGUUGCAGUACUGUACGGUAAUCGCGCAGCGUGUCUUCUGUAUCUCAAAAGGUCGGUCUCGCCAACACGCCCGUAUGGUUCGGGUACAUCUGACUGGGAACAGGCACUGCAUGAGCUUACGCCUAGUGUUGCAUCGUGGGAGAAAGCCGUGGCUGCUAUGAAGGUCAAGAAUCCCUCCUCGAUGAGUCUCAACGAAGUCAAGCAACUGCAGGAGUAUGAAAACGGUUUGCGUACGGCUAGAACUGCCUUAGCCUUGCAAGGGUCCUCUUCGAUUCCUGGAUAUCAUAUGACCCCAAGUAAAGGACAAUUACCUUGGGAACGAGCUGAAUCUAUGAAGGCCGAAUUGAUGGCACGAGGACCUGCCGGCUAUUCUAGCAGUGAGUUCAAGACGGGAGUCGAGACCAUGAAAGCUUUGAAGAAGAUUCAAACUCCAGCGGGCGUAGCGUAUGCUGGGGCCACAGGUAAGGGCUGGAACGACGUACGCCCUGCGUUAGCCACCACUAUUAGGGGUUGGAUUAUGCGAGGAUUUAUUGAGGGUCAUGUACGCAUGAACAACUCAUCGGCGCCCGAGUUUCUUGGGCGCGCCCUGGAGGUCCUGGAGUGGGGUCGGUCUGAGUGGGCUGGAAUCCCAGAUGAUCAACGAGGCGCAAUAUUUCAAGACACGUUCGUCCGCGGCGUCCGAUGUCUGCGCCUUGAACGCCUUUUGAUUAAUAUGACCCAGGGUUCAUCUCGUUCUUCACUAUUUACCCUCGCGGCCAGGCACUGUCGUAAGUGGUCUUCACCUUUUCAGGGCGCAGACUCACGGACGUGCAGGAUGAAGGGGUUCUAUCACAAGCAGAUGGUACUGUCAAGCACGGCCCGAAGCAAAGAAGAGGUCCAUGAUCACUUUCGUAACGCUGCGAAGUACCAUCUCGCGGCUGCCGAAACAUACCCGGAAGAUGAUGAGCAGCAUGCUUGUAGGUCUCUUGUCCACCGUAUUUUGAUGACGAUGACUUUAUACAUUGGUUACCACGUGUAUGUAGGGUUCUUAUACUGCGCGCUGGAGAACCUGUUCCAAGCGGGAACGCCUCUCAGGGUCACUCUUCCCAUCAUGAAGCGCAUCACCGCCUCCAUGGAUAAGAUGAAGCGCAUAUGGGAGCACUCCGCCAUGGCAAUGGGUGGCCGUGAUACGGCUUUACAGAAGGCUAUAUGGAUGGAAGAGGAUGUUAUGAAAGCUCUGAGUGAGGGUGCAUACACAAUGGAGGAUAAAGUCAUGCCGGAGCCCGAUGCAUGGCCCUAUGGCACUCCAUGGCCAACAAACUGA